UGAUGAUGGUAGAUAUAUAAAAUAGAGAAAGAAACGAAAGAAGGAGAAGUUGGUAAUUUAGAGGUUAGGAGAAGGAUACUUCGGUAUGCGGUGAGGUUGGGCGCGGUGCGCAGCCAAUCCCAUCGCAUCAUCGCCUACCCUCGCCACUUCUCAUUUUUAGUAACCUCCAUGCCCAAACCAAAACCCUAAUCAUUCUUAUUCAUUCGAAAAAAAAAUUAAUUAAUUAAAAAAAUAAAUAAAUCAAAAUUCUUGAUCCCAGUUUCAGAAGAAUUGAAUUGCCAUGAUUUCCAAUCCCGAAUUGAUCCACUACGCCUGCAUUGCUCGAUCGGACACCAUUCUGGCCCAGCACCAGAGCGACAAGGAGCCGAACAUGGAAGCCCUUGCGGCCCAAUGCCUGGCCCAAGCCCCGCCCAACCACACCCUCUACUCCCACACCGUCAACAACCGCACCUACACCUUCCUCAUCGACCCUCCCUUCAUCUUCUUCCUCAUCUCCCACCACACCCUCCUCAAAUCCCAAACCCUCCCUUUCCUCCACCGCAUCCGCUCCUCCUUCCGCCAAACCCUACCCUCCUCCCUUCAAUCCCACCACCACUUCACCCCUCUUUCCUUUCAGCCCCAAUUUUAUUCCAUCUUCGACCACGCCCUCACCAACCAUUCCCAUGACCGCGCCCUCAGAUCGGAACCCCCACUCAACCCUCCUCCUCAGGGCCUCAAGAAGAAGAAGAGGCCCAACGAUGCCCCCGCCACGCUCGAUGUCUCCGACGACGUUUCCCUCUCUCCUCUCAAGCACCAGCCCCACGAUCGCCACACCAAGGCCAAACACGUCUGGAAGAAACACGUUUGGGUCCUCCUCCUCCUCGAUUUGUUCGUCUGUGCCGUCCUCUUCCUCAUCUGGUUGUGGGUCUGUAGUGGCUUCAAGUGCAUGACUUAUUGAUCCCACUUUUCAUCUCUCCAACCAAAAAAUCAAGGGAUCUAUCAGUCGUCUCAGUUGUCAGAGCGUUAAUUUCUCUGCAAGAUCAGUUCUGUGCUUUGUAAGAGGGUUAACAGUUAAAUGGUUGAUAUUGGGAGAUAGUUAAAAUUGUAAAAAAUAUUAGGAAAUGUUUGAUUGGUGAGUUUAAGUACAUGUUAUUGGGUUAUGUUAAGUUGGGAUUCUAUGCAAUAGCUUUCAUACCAUAGUGAGAUACAGCAGAAACAGAGAGAACUUUUUCUGGUACAAAAACUGAAAGUUUGAGCUCUCCUCGACCAACCCAAAUGAGAUGAGGAAAGGAAAAGUUUAGCUAUGUUGUCUUUGGGGUCGGUGUGGUGGGACUGGGGAGUGACAAUUUCUGUGCUGGCACAUUGAUGGACAUCUUUUAGGAAGCGUUUUUACAUUGGUCCAUGAUCGACAAAUGGGUUCAGUUUCAGGUGCCAUCACAUGGGCAUCCGACACGUUGCAACCGUCUAGAGAUAAGGCAGGAUGGAAGCUUGCUUAAAUUACUAAUAUAUAUAACAAAUCCUUAGAAAAAAAAUCUAAUCAUUGCCCCAAGUUAAUCUAAUGAACAUUUAGGCUGUGUUAUUUUGGGGGAUUUGUGGGAGAUGAUUUGGGGGAGAUGAUUUGAUGGAUUUGAGUGGAUUUGAGGGUAAUUUUAUUGUUG